UAAUGUAUUUAUAUGAAAAAAGAAAAAAGAAAAAAAAGAGUUAUAUUUACCAUUUAAACAUUAGGUUAGAGAUUUAUCUCACAUAAAAUAUAAUUAAGAAAUUGAUUGAAUAUACAUAUGAACGAUAUUAACUCACGUAGAAUUGCAAAGCACCCAUCUACUACAAUUACUAUUAGAGUUAGGAGUUAGGACCCAAUAUUUGAUCCUAAGCAUACCCCUUUUGGGUACGAUUGUUUUUUCACUUUUCCCGCAAACAGCUUUCCGCUCGAGUUUGUUACUCUCCUUUCGCCUCCCAGAGUCACGGUUUCUCCCAAAUUCUUUCUUGAAUUCAUAAUCCACACCAUGAAACUGAUGCUCAGAUCAUUUGAAACCAAAGUAACCCUAAGAAUCGAAGUCCCCAAUUCAUGCUCUCUCCAACACCUCAAAGCUGUAAUUCUUCAGAGAAUCUCUUCUUCCUCUUCCAUACACCUCUCUCUCAAUCGGAAGGACGAGCUUCAUGGUUCAUCUCAACACACUCUUCAGUCUCUAGGUAUCAUCUCUGGUGAUCUUAUCUUCUUCACUCUCAACCCUAAUGGGUUUUCCUCAAAAACGCAAAUAGCCCAAGCCCAUACCCCUCCUCAAGAACCCAAUUCGGAACACACUCAGAAUUCACAGAAAGCCCCAACAACAGAAACCAAUUUACAGGAAGAACGUGUUUCCACUACUGAAACCCUAGGUAAACACGAAACCCUAGAUUUUGAAUCUGGGGACGGUGAGAUUAAACCUGAGGAAGAUAAAAACUUGGGUGGGUCUGGAACAGAGUACGUGCUUUGUUAUCUGAGAGGAGUGUUUGGGAAAGAGGUGGUUGGUGAUGGUCGUGGUGGUUAUCGUCUCUUGGUGAUUGCUGUUCAUGCUGUUUUGAUAGAGUCUGGCUUUGUUAGAGUUGACCCUGUCUCAAAAAUGAUUCUUGAUGGGUUUAAUACUGAGGAAUGCUCUUCGUCUUCUUUCAAUUUGGUGCUUUCAUACACUCUUCCUCAGAUUUUAUGUAAUGGGAAUGGAGUUGAAACUGUUUCAUUGAAGUUUGUGAGUCUAGAAAAGUUUAUUUUCAUUUAUGGACUUCCUGGGUCAUAUCAAGUGUAUCUGCACAAAGAGCCAUUGGUUUCGUUCUUGUACGUUGUGUGGGCAAAUUGUGAGUUGUUUGAUGAAACUCAUGGAAAGGAUUUGUUCUCUGGUACAUACCCUGAAAAGGAAGUGUUUGAAUUUUGGAAGAUUGUGAAAGAUAAAAUUGCAUUGCCUCUUCUAAUAGAUUUAUGUGAGAAGGCUGGUUUGGCACCUCCACCAUGCUUUAUGCGCCUACCCACCGAUCUUAAACUUAAGAUUUUGAAGUCACUGGCCGGCGUUGAUCUUGCAAAACUGGGAUGUGUAUGUCUGGAGCUGCUUUUUUUGUCAUCUAAUGACGAUUUGUGGAAGCAGAAGUUUGUGGAGCAGUUUGGCAAUGUGGAAGGAUCAAAGGGAGACGGCCAUUGGAAAGGGAAGUUUGCCAAGUGUUGGGAGUGCAGGAAAAUGUCUUGUCCAUCUCGUAUGGGUGUGAGAAGAGAUCCUAAUCCAUCGGGGGUUCCAGGAUUUAUAGGUGGUAAUUAUCAUCACUUGCCAGUCUUGCCAGUUCUUGCCAUCUCACCACCACCAGGCCAAGCCUUUGGUCAUUAUGACUACUUGCCAUCCCAGCACCAGCACCACCGUCACCUGGCCGAGCCUUUCAACAUCAUCCAGCACCACAGAAUUUCAGGCUUCAUUGUAAUUUGGGAGGACAGGGUGCCUUAUCUCGGAGUUUGAAUUAUCGUUGAUCAUGGUUGAAUGCUGAUUCUGAGUCCCUUUUGAGGUAGUACAAUAUAUGCUAUGACAUUAAGCGUUUGUUAGGUCACUUACUAGAAGAAGAGAAAAGUCAGGAACAUGUCUUAUGUUGAAUAUUUUACAUGGUUUUAAAUAUUUAUCUUACUAGAAGAAGAGAAAA